AUACCAGGGUGAUUGGGAAAAAACGGGGCGCGCCAUAUAGACGUAAUUUGCUACAAGGGCAUUCAUUCGAAAAGAUAAUUGAUACAAUUUGGAACGUUUUCAAGUUGUGAGAAAAAAAAACACAAGAAAACUACGAACAAUCGCUGUCGUUUGUGAAAAAAAGAUGGAAAGCGAAGCAGUCUCACCAAAAGAACAAGAAAUGACGCCGGAACUUAAGAAAUGCAAGGAGGAGAAGUUUGAUUUCUACGACUGGGAGGAUUGCGGUCAAAGAUAUGCGAACAACACUCUUAGUUACUACCCAAUAUCGUGCUAUACCACGCCAAGCACAUAUCCCUCACAACAAACUGCACUACGGUACUCUUUUGAUGAGCACGAAGAGAGUUCUGCUAAACCCAGGAUGUCCUUCAGUAUAUCCUCCAUUCUUGGGCGACGCGAGGACACUGAAGAGCAAAGAUUCCACUCGAUAGCACAACACCCGAGGUACAGCUCGGGGAGAGAGGGCAUCCUUGCCAGACACAAACCCUCCCUCUUUAGAACCCCACCAAAAAACUCGCGCAUGAAACGCCACUUUUACCAAGAAGAAGGAACCACAGAAAACGAAGACAAGAUCUUUGAGAAAGGAUCACCUCUUAACGAGGACUCAAAUUUUACGAACGACGAAAAAGACGAACAUUCGUGGAAACAGGAAAAACCAAAGCGCAUUCGAACGAUUUUCACGCCAGAGCAAUUAGAAAGAUUGGAGAAAGAGUUUGCGGAGCAACAAUACUUGGUCGGCAUCGAACGUCGCUACCUCGCGUCUACGCUACGACUGACUGAAACCCAAGUGAAGGUUUGGUUCCAGAAUAGAAGAAUAAAAUGGCGCAAGCAAAGAUUAACCAAUCACUAAGCAGCAUUCAUUCAAAUUGGCCAAUCACUAUAGCCAUUUUAUAUGUAUAUAAAUGCAGAGGCAUGAGAUGCACAGAUUAUGUAAAUACGAAGUAAAAUGGUUGUGAAUAUAGAAAGAUUGGAUUAAACCCAGUUUGUCAUAUAUAUACUGUAAAUAAUAUGUUUGUAUAGAUUGAAAAUAUAUAUUCGUCACA